CUUUCAGUGACUGCUACUGAUACCUCUUCCUGGGACCAGCAAACGUCUGGUUUCCUUAGAUAUAAGCUCCGAUUAAUGGAGUUGGGGAACAGAUUACGCUCGUCUCACUAAGAUCAGAGCAGCUGAGCAUCACAUACCAAGAGUGACACCCAGUUUAAAAAAAAAAAAAAAGCCGCAAGGCUUGGAUCUUUUCCUGCCUUAGAAGCAAGAAAAAUGGAAAAUUGAUAAUCAAAGGUCUUUGCAGAAGACGGGUCUGGAACCUAACCACGGGGUGUCCAUGACCCCCGAGGUUGCCGCCCAUCAGAAAUGAAAGGGUUAUCGGGCAGCCGCAGCCACCACCACGGAGUCACCUGUGAUUCGGCCUGUGACUCACUGUCGCACCACUCCGACCGCAAGCCCUACCUGCUGAGCCCGGUGGAGCACCACCCCGCGGACCACCCCUACUACACUCAGCGGAACUCCUUUCAGGCGGAGUGCGUGGGCCCCUUCAGCGACCCGCUGGCCAGCAGCACCUUCCCGCGCAGGCACUACACAUCGCAGCAGGAGCUGAAAGACGAGUGUGCCCUGGUGCCGCGCACUCUGGCCACCAAGGCCAACCGCAUCCCCGCCAACCUCCUGGACCAGUUUGAGAGGCAGCUGCCGCUCAACCGGGAUGGCUAUCACACGCUGCAGUACAAGCGCACCGCUGUGGAGCACCGCAGUGACAGCCCCGGCCGCAUCCGGCACCUGGUCCACUCGGUCCAGAAGCUCUUCACCAAGUCGCACUCCCUGGAGGGCCCGUCCAAGGGCAGCGUCAACGGGGGCAAAGCCAGCCCCGACGAGACGCAGACCGUGAGGUAUGGCAAGCGCAGCAAGAGCAAGGAGCGCCGCGCGGACCCCAAGGCCCGGCCCAACACCUCCCCGGGCUGGUGGAGCUCCGAUGACAACCUCGACGGCGACAUGUGCAUCUACCACGCGCCGUCGGGCGUGAUGACCAUGGGCAGGUGCCCUGACCGCUCGGCCUCGCAAUACUUCAUGGAGGCCUACAACACUAUCAGCGAGCAGGCGGUUAAGGCCUCCCGGAGUAACAACGACGUCAAGUGCUCCACCUGCGCCAACCUGCCUGUCAACCUGGACACGCCGCUCCUGAAGAAGAGCGCAUGGUCCUCCACUCUGACAGUCAGCCGUGCCAGGGAGGUUUACCAGAAAGCCUCGGUUAACAUGGACCAGGCCAUGGUGAAGUCAGAGUCUUGUCAACAAGAACGCUCCUGCCAGUACCUUCAGGUUCCUCAGGAUGACUGGACAGGGUACACCCCUCGAGGUAAAGACGACGAAAUUCCAUGCCGAAGAAUGCGGAGUGGCAGCUACAUCAAGGCCAUGGGGGAUGAAGACAGUGGUGACUCUGACACAAGUCCCAAGCCUUCUCCCAAAGUUGCUGCACGAAGAGAAAGCUAUCUCAAGGCUACUCAGCCAUCCCUUACAGAACUCACCACACUCAAGAUUUCCAAUGAACACUCCCCCAAACUCCAGAUCCGGAGUCACAGUUACCUGAGGGCAGUAAGUGAAGUCUCCAUCAACCGAAGCUUGGACAGCCUUGACCCUGCUGGCCUGCUCACAUCACCAAAGUUCCGCUCUAGGAAUGAGAGCUACAUGCGAGCCAUGAGCACCAUCAGCCAGGUGAGCGAGAUGGAAGUGAACGGGCAGUUUGAGUCGGUGUGCGAAUCGGUGUUCAGCGAGCUGGAGUCGCAGGCGGUGGAGGCGCUGGACCUGCCGGUGCCCGGCUGUUUCCGCAUGCGGAGCCACAGCUACGUGCGGGCCAUCGAGAAGGGCUGCUCCCAGGAUGACGAGUGCGUGUCCCUGCGGUCAUCCUCCCCACCGCGCACCACCACCACCGUGAGGACCAUUCAGAGCAGCACCGGUGUCAUAAAACUGAGUUCUGCAGUUGAAGUGUCAUCUUGCAUUACAACAUAUAAGAAGACACCACCUCCAGUCCCACCCAGAACUACCACGAAACCUUUCAUUUCUAUCACAGCCCAGAGUAGCACAGAGUCUGCCCAGGAUGCCUACAUGGAUGGACAGGGCCAGCGAGGAGAUAUUAUCAGCCAGUCUGGACUGAGCAACUCCACGGAGAGCCUGGACAGUAUGAAGGCUCUGACAGCCGCCAUCGAAGCUGCAAAUGCCCAGAUCCAUGGCCCUGCGAGUCAACACAUGAGCAACAACCCUGCCACAGUCACUACCACGACCACCAUAGCCACUGUCACUACAGAGGACAGGAAGAAGGAUCACUUUAAGAAAAACCGCUGUCUCUCUAUUGGGAUACAGGUGGAUGAUGCUGAAGAGACUGAUAAAACAGGGGAAAAUAAAGCACCCAGUAAGUUCCAGUCCGUAGGAGUGCAAGUAGAAGAAGAGAAGUGCUUCCGCAGGUUCACUCGAUCCAACAGUGUGACAACAGCAGUACAGGCCGACCUGGACUUCCACGAUAAUCUGGAAAACUCUCUGGAGUCUAUAGAGGACAAUUCGUGCCCCGGCCCAAUGGCCAGACAGUUCUCCCGGGACGCCAGCACCUCCACGGUCAGCAUUCAGGGCUCAGGAAACCACUACCACGCCUGUGCUGCCGACGAUGACUUUGAUGCGGAUUUUGACCCUUCGAUUCUGCCUCCCCCGGAUCCCUGGAUUGACUCCAUCACUGAAGACCCCCUGGAGGCCGUCCAAAGGUCAGUGUGCCACCGGGACGGCCACUGGUUUCUGAAGCUUCUCCAGGCCGAGCGGGACCGCAUGGAAGGGUGGUGCCAGCAGAUGGAGAGAGAAGAGCGGGAAAACAACCUGCCGGAAGACAUUCUAGGGAAAAUCCGAACCGCAGUGGGCAGUGCCCAACUUCUCAUGGCCCAGAAAUUCUACCAGUUCAGAGAACUGUGUGAAGAAAACCUGAAUCCCAAUGCUCAUCCGAGGCCCACCUCACAGGAUUUGGCCGGGUUCUGGGACAUGCUGCAGUUGUCCAUAGAAAAUAUUAGUAUGAAAUUUGAUGAACUUCAUCAGUUAAAGGCCAAAUGGAAACAGAUGGAUCCUCUUGACAAGAAGGAGAGAAGGGCCCCUCCUCCAGUGCCAAAGAAGCCGGCGAAGGGCCCCGCGCCGCUGAUCCGGGAGCGCUCGCUGGAGAGCUCGCAGCGCCAGGAGGCCCGCAAGCGCCUGAUGGCCGCCAAGCGCGCCGCGUCCGUCCGCCAGAACUCGGCCACCGAAGAGCGCCGAGAGCAUCGAGAUCUACAUCCCGAGGCGCAGACCCGGCUCUGAGCGCCCGGCCUCGCCGCGCCGCCUCCGCGCUCUGUCCUCCCUCCGCCCCCCUGCCCGCCCUCCGAGCCCGUCCGUCCGGAGCUCAGUGACUUCCACUGUCGCGGUUUGUAGUUGUCGGUCUUGCAGGAGCCGUCCCCCAGUAGCCCCCGCCGCCCGGACCGUUUGCCAUGUUCUCCACCGAGCUUCGCCACCCGUACCGACGCGUCACCCUGCCUCAUCCGGAGAGCCGGCCCUUUCCUUCUUGGCAGAACCGAACCCACCUGUGUAGAAAUGGCCCCUUUAGGUCGCCCACCAUCCUCAGUUCCUCCGAGCUAGGUCUGUCCCUAGAGUUCAGCAAUAUAAAAUCAUAGGGUAUUUCAGAAAUCCAGUAUCACAGGGUGAUCCUUUGGGACUUAACCGUCUUCCACGUUGAAAGAUACUAGGGCUCGAUUCCCUUUAUUUCCCUAACGGUUAUUAUUUUGUAAAGCAGAUGGAGCACUUUAUUUCCAACCUCAGAAAUCACGCUAUCUCACCGGAAUCGAUGAGUGACAAGCCAAGAGGGGACCAAGUUGGGCCGGGGGUGGGGGACCUGGAUACGUAGUGGGGAAGGGAGAAGCGAAAUCUGCAGGUGCUGGCGAUACCUGCUUCAAUCACAGCUGCACAAAACUGCCUCACUGUUAUUCCAUCAAUCACUGCUUCAAAUGUUUCAAUCAGCAGAAGAUUGUAAAUUCGAUCUUUCAGGGAAAUUAAUCUAUUCUGAAAGGCAAUAACAUGAAGAAAGGCAAGGAAGCACUGAUAGUUUCAGAUAUACUACAUAAGGGGGAUUUUUUUUUGUCCUAUUAUUAAGAAAAUUUAGACCUGAAAUGUUUUAUCAACUUUUAUUGUACUGUGUGUAUUAUAUUGUUGUUGUGGUGGGGGUCUUUAAAGGGGAAAGUGUCGGUCCUCUUAUUUUGUUAGUGUCCAUCCUGGGGGGGCCUACCUAAUUACACGUAUUUAAGUACACAUCCGCUUAAGAAGUGCUGGAAAUGGCAGCUAGGGUGUUUUCAGAGAGAAGUUUGGAUUUUCCCAUCAUCCCUUUGAAUGCUACACAUCCAUCUGUUGUAACCCAGUAGUUUGUAAUGCAGACAUAUUUUCUCCUUUGGUCUUCUCUCAUUACUACAUAGAGCCCUAUCCCAC